CCUUCAACCAUAUUGGUCCUUGUCUCCUCCUCCCUAUUGGAAAGAAAGGAAAGGCCGUUAACAAAAAGGCAACUAAAGAUGAUGAAGUUGAAGUCAAAGAGAUUCCACAGGAGCCUUUCCAAGCUUCGCAUUGGUGGCGGUAGCAACAAGGAGUGUGGUGGCACCAUCACCGGAGAAAUCAAAUGGGAAUUAAGGCCCGGUGGGAUGCUUGUUCAAAAGCGAGAUGUUGAUGAUGAUGCCCAAAAUGUUGAAAAAGAAGGAUUUAUAAUGGUUAGAGUCGCAAAUGGUUCACAAUGGCAUGACAUAUCAAUCCAAGCAACUUCAACAUUUGGAGAAAUGAAGAUGUUGUUAUCAAUAGUGACUGGCAUGGAGCCAAAGGAGCAAAGGUUAUUGUUCAAAGGGAAAGAGAGAGAGGAUGUGGAGCACCUACACAUGGUUGGAGUUGGAGACAAAGACAAGGUUCUAGUGUUGGAAGAUCCAGCCAUCAAAGAGAAGAAACUACAUGGAUUAUUAGUAGCUGCAACAAAUGACAUUGGAGCUUCUAAUCAUGCAAUUAGUGUAUAAUAUAACACUAGUUGAUCAAGAAACAAAAAUCCAUUAUGGAUUUACUUUGUUUUAGUAAUCCUAAAAGAGGUGAUCUUGAUGUUAUGUUAUGUUGAUCGAUGUUGUUUUUGGUAUUCGUUUGAUCGACCUAAAUCUAGACUAGUCAUAAAGUUUUCGAGUUAUAACAUUUUUCAUGUGUAGGAGUUUAGUAUUCA